CACAUGAAUUUUAAUUUCCAUGCUCUUCGUUUGGCGGAGAGUUCUCUUCUCCCAGUUCCUUUUAUACAUUAUUAAAGUUCUCCAUUGUUUUUUUUUAAAAAAACUACUAAUUCCCAAAGACUGCAACCUCCAUCGAAUAAUAUAAACCACAAUCUUUGGAGUUAGCCCUCUUAAUCUGAUCUCAUCCCUCCUAACUCCCAUGUAUAAAUAAUUCUCAAUUGUGUGUGUGUGUGUGUGUGUGUGAGAGAGAGAGAGAGAGGAGGAGAGAGUUUAGGUGGACAAAAAAAUAGGCUGCAAACAUGGCAGUGGCUAUGGAAGAAGCAGCAGAUCUCGAGAUCUCCGGCUGCAACUCCAACUCCACCAUCGACGACAAUGGCUGCGCAUGGACUGACUGGUCCCCGGUCAUGGACUGGGGCCCCCUCUCCGCCGACGAUGACUUCCGAGGCCUCAUUGAGUCCAUGAUGUGCGACGACCCCACCGGCCUCGCUCCCACAUCCUUUGAUCCAUACUGGAAUUCGAACCCGAGCAGCACCACCACCAGCGUUGGCACCUCGCCGGUGCAGGAGCCCAGGAACGGCGGCGACGAUAACGAGAAGGGGCUUCGGCUUGUGCACCUACUGAUGGCGGCGGCGGAGGCCCUCGCGGGAUGCCACGAGAGCCGGGAACUGGCUCGGGUGAUAUUGGUUCGGCUCAAGGAGUUGGUGUCGCCGGCCGGCGCCACCUGUGGCGAAGGAGGGACUACCAUGGAGCGGCUCGCCGCGCACUUCACCGACGCCCUUCAGGGCCUGCUCGACGGCUCCUCCGCCGCAGUCGGCGGUCAGCCAGCGUCGCACCGCGACGACCUCCCGUGCGACGUUCUGGCCGCAUUCCAGCUGCUCCAGGACAUGUCCCCCUACGUGAAAUUCGGCCACUUCACCGCCAACCAGGCGAUCCUGGAGGCGGUGGCGGUCGACCGGCGGGUCCACAUCGUUGACUACGACAUCGCCGAGGGCGUCCAGUGGGCGUCGCUGAUGCAGGCGCUCGUCUCCCGCAAGGACGGGCCACCGCCGCCGCACAUGCGGAUCACCGCCGUCACGCGGGGCGGCGGCGGGGCGCGGGCUGUGCAGGAGACGGGGCGGCGGCUGGCGGCAUUCGCGGCAUCUCUCGGGCUGCCCUUCACAUUCGGGCAGUGCCGGCUGGACGCCGACGAGCGGUUCCGGCCGGGAGGGGUGAAGGUGGUGAAGGGCGAAGCCGUUGUCGCGAACUGCGUGCUGCAGCCGCUGAAUGCGGCGGGGACACGGCGGGGGCCGGGGUCGGUGGCGUCGUUCCUAUCAGGGGCGGCAACGCUGGGGGCGAGGGUGGUGGCGCUGGUGGAGGAGGAGGAGCAGGAGGAGGAGGAGGGGGAGGGCGACUUUGUAGGGAGAUUCAUGGGGGAGCUGCACCGGUACUCGGCGUUGUGGGACUCGCUGGAAGCCGGGUUCCCGAUCCAAGGCCGGGCGAGGGGGCUGGUCGAGAGGGUGAUACUGGGGCCGAGGAUCGCCGGAGCCGUGGGAAGGGCUUAUAGGGGUUGUGGAGAAGGUGGGUGGGGGGAGUGGAUGGCAGGGAGGGGAUUCGGAAGAGUUGGUAUCAGUUGUUUCAACCACUGCCAGGCCAGGCUGCUGCUGGGGCUCUUCAAUGACGGGUACCGGGUGGAGGAGGACGGGCCUAACAAGCUGGUGCUGGCUUGGAAGUCUCAGAGGCUCACCUCAGCCUCCAUUUGGUCUCCUCCUCCUCCACCUCCUGCUCCUGCUGAUCUACUUCCUGUCGGUGCAGUUAGCAACAGCAUGGAGGAUUCUUAUCUCUUGCUGGAUUGAUUCCUUCUCCACCUUCCUUUCUUUCGAUUGGUUUUCUUCUGGUGCAAUGGAUUGUAUCCUCUCUCUUUCCUUUCUGGUCACUGUUUCAUUGUAGCAGCGAUCGGUAUUCUUGUUUAUGUUUGAUGUCAACAACUUUUGUCAAGUGCCAAGUGAUGAUGGAUAGCUGAAGGGAAGAAUAAAGGACGAGGUAUGAUUCAUCAUUCAGAAAGCUAUCUGACUGGGGAGAAUAGAGCGCAGCAUACUACUUGAAAAGAAUUAGGAAGGGAAAGGAUUCAAUUAUAGUGCUCUUUUGCUUCAGCAAUUUACUCUUUCAGAUGCCGAAAUCUAGUUGAAAGGAUUCAAUUAUAUCAA